CCCAACAGUUUGAGUUCACUUAUCAAACGUAGCAGCCGCAAAGCGCUGCGAAAAUUCAACCAGUGCCUCAAUAAAAGCAGCAAAACAAUCAAGUGCAAAGCCCUAACUUAAAACACAUUCGCGAACUUAAUUUAAAACUAGCCGACAGUCUAUUAACUCCGCUGUGAAAUAUAAAAAACUCAUGUGAAUGAAAGCUGUGGAGAUUUUUUGUGAGCUACAGCUAGUUGCAUGUUAACUAUCAAUUGACCCCGCGGGUUAAAAAUCUUCAUAAGCGUUAUAGAAAUUGUGCGUUACGUCAAUGGCAGCGACGGACCUCAAUGUGAAUGAUGCAGCGGCAGCAGCGGCGGCGGAGACAGACGCGAGUGAAACCAAGCCCAAGCCAAAGGAAGAUGCGUUGCCCACGGUCAACUACUACCAACUCUUUCGUUAUGCGCGCGGCAUGGAUUAUGUGCUACUAAUCUGUGGUCUCAUUGCGGCCAUGCUGCAUGCUUUGGUCUUUCCCAUAGCCAUUGUGGUAUACAGCGAACUGGUGGCCAUGUUCAUUGACAGAAAUUUGGGCGUCGGCACCAGCUCGAGCACCAUAGCGCUGCCGCUCUUUGGCGGCGGACAGCAGCUCACCAAUGCCAGCUAUGAGGAGAACAUGGAGCAGCUGCGCAAGGAUAGCGUCGCCUUUGGCAUACUUAUGCUGAUCGAUUCGCUGCUCAUGUUAUUUGCCGGGAUGACCUUUGUCAAUAUAUUUAAUAGCCUUGCGCUGCGGCUAACGGUGCGUAUGCGUCGCGAGUUCUUUAAGGCCACGAUUAGACAGGAAAUUGGUUGGCAUGACAUGGCCAAGGAUCAAAACUUUGCAGUGCGCAUAACAGAUAAUAUGGAGAAAAUACGCACUGGCAUAGCUGAGAAUCUGGGACAUUUUCUAACUAUAGCAUUUGAUGUGGCUAUAAGCGUUACUAUAUCCUUUGUUUACGGAUGGAAGCUAGCUCUGAGGCCUAUUUCUCUAUAAUAACCGCUAACACUCAUAAUAAUUACAAUAGAGCGCAUGUACAAAGCUAAGCUAACUGCGCGUGAGCAGAGCUCCUAUGUGCGUGCGAGUUCUGUGGUGGAGGAAGUAAUCGGCGCCAUACGCACUGUUGUUGCCUUUGGCGGCGAGCAGAGCGAAUCCAAGCGGUACGAUCAGCUGCUGAAGCCCGCUUUGAAAGCGGGCAAAUGGAAAGGCGUCUUCUCCGGCUUAAGCGACACCGUAAUGAAGGCCAUGAUGUUUAUUGUGGGCGCAGGCGCUUUCUGGUACGGCGCCAAUUUAAUUCUGCAUGAUCGUGGCAGCGAUGUGGCAGCUGAGGAUCGCAAGUAUACGCCAGCUGUGGUUAUGAUAGUUAUAUCCGGCAUUAUAGUGGGCGCCAAUCAGCUGUCGCGCACUUCGCCGUUUCUGGAAACGUUUGCCAUGGCGCGUGGCUCAGCCAGCGCCAUUUACGAUGUUAUCGAUCGCGUACCCAUCAUCGAUCCACUCUCCAAGGCUGGCAAAAUACUCAACACAGGCCUGCGCGGCUGCAUUGAGUUUCGUGAUGUGUUCUUUCAGUAUCCUGCCAGAAAGGAUAUAAUUGUGCUGCGCGGCUUGAAUGUGACAGUCAAAGAAGGUCAAACGGUGGCGCUAGUGGGUUCAUCGGGCUGUGGCAAAUCCACUUGUGUGCAGCUGCUGCAACGCUUCUAUGAUCCAGUGUUUGGCCAAGUGCUGCUGGAUGGCGAGGAUGUGCGCAAAUAUAAUCUCAACUGGCUGCGCUCCAACAUUGCUGUUGUGGGUCAGGAGCCAGUGCUGUUCCAGGGCACCAUAGUUGAAAAUAUACGACAUGGCAAGCCAACGGCUACGCAAAAGGAAGUGGAGGAUGCUGCUCGAGCGGCAAAUGCUCACGACUUUAUUAUAGCGCUAAGCAAGGGCUACGAGACACACAUCAGUGAGAAGGGCGUGCAGCUGUCUGGAGGUCAACGUCAGCGCAUUGCCAUAGCCAGAGCUCUGAUACAGCAGCCCACCAUUCUGCUGCUCGAUGAGGCCACCUCGGCGCUGGAUUAUCACUCUGAGAAGCUGGUGCAGGCGGCGCUGGACAAGGCCUGCAAGGGACGCACUACGCUGGUUGUAUCCCAUCGCUUGUCUGCCAUUAGACAUGCGCAUGAGAUUGUCUACAUUGAGAAUGGGAAAGCGGUGGAGCAGGGCACGCAUGAGAGUCUCAUGAAGCUGCAGGGCUACUACUACAAAAUGGUGGCGGCGCAUGAAUACGAUGACACUGCAGAUGAGCUGCUAAAUGAAUGCGAGGAUCCACUUAGCAAGGAGCGCAAGCUGUCACAUGAUGCGGGCCCUAGACACUCCAUACAAUCGCUAGAGAAGAAUGUAGAGUUUCAAAUGAAGCGUUUGAGUGGCAAGCAAACUGAUGCAACAACAGCUGCAGCUGAGGAACACAAAAGCACAAGUUAUCCGCGCACCUUUUUCCGCAUCUUGGGCUGGGCGCGUCCAGAGUGGAGUUAUCUUAUCAUUGGCACUAUCUGUGCGGGCAUUUAUGGCUGUGCCAUGCCCGCGUUCUCUAUUGUGCUGGCAGAGCUUUAUGCUUCACUAGCGCAGCCUACAGAUGAAGCUGUGCUGGAGCAUAGUGGCUCCAUGUCAAUCAUAAGUGUCAUCAUUGGUGUUUGCGCUGGCAUUCUCUGCUUUGUGCAGACUUUCUUCUACAAUCUCUCAGGCGUCUGGUUGACCACACGAAUGCGCUCCAAAACCUUUGGCUCCAUUAUGCAGCAGGAGAUGGGCUGGUUUGAUGAGAAAGAGAACAGCGUGGGAGCGCUCUCAGCGCGUCUAUCUGGCGAUGCAGCCAGUGUGCAAGGCGCCAUAGGCUUCCCGUUGAGCAACAUUAUACAAGCCUUGACGAACUUUAUCUGCAGCUUUUCCAUAGCUUUUUCGUUUUCCUGGGAAUUGGCGCUUGUCUGCCUGAGCACUGCGCCCUUUAUGAUUGCGUCCAUAGUAUUCGAUGCCAGAUUUACGGAAAAGUCUGCGCUAAAGGAGAAGCAAGUGCUGGAGGAAACAAGUCGCAUAGCCACAGAGACAAUUGCGCAGAUUAGAACUGUUGCAGCCCUGAGGCGCGAGGAGGAGCUCAUCAAUGUUUAUAAUGAGGAAGUCAAACGCUAUGAAACGCAAAUCAAAAAGCGUUUAAGAUGGCGCGGCCUGGUCAAUUCGCUGGGCAUGGCGCUCAUGUUCUUUGGGUAUGCAGUAACGUUAACCUAUGGCGGCUUUAUGAAUGCCGAUGGCAGAAUCAAAUUUGAAGUUAUAAUGAAAAUUGCCAAUACCAUGCUGUAUGGUCUGUUUAUAUUGGCGCAGUCCUUGGCCUUUACGCCAGCCUUCAAUGCUGCGCUGCUCUCAGCCACACGCAUGUUUGAAGUCAUCGAUCGCCAGCCGCAAAUACAGUCGCCCAACCCAAUGCAGCUGAAUGGCAAUGGCAGCAUUUAUAAAACAAAUGUUGUGGAGAAAGGCGUCAGCUAUCGCGAGCUUAAGUUUGCCUAUCCCGCGCGUCCAGAUCAUCCAGUGCUGCAGGACUUCAAUCUCGACGUGCUGCAAGGUCAAACUGUUGCCUUGGUGGGCGGCUCUGGCUCCGGCAAGUCCACAUGCGUGCAGCUACUGCUGCGCUACUAUGAUCCGGAUGCGGGCAAGAUUCUCAUAGAUCAGGAGAGCAUACAUCAGGACCUGGAUCUAAAAACACUGCGACGUCGUCUGGGCAUUGUCUCUCAGGAGCCUUCGCUGUUUGAGAAAACCAUUGCGGAAAACAUUGGCUACGGCGACACUUCACGUGAGGUAUCCAUGCAGCAGGUUAUGGAUGCAGCCAAAAUGGCGAAUGCUCAUGACUUUAUAAUGACACUCCCUGCCCAAUAUGAGACUGUGCUGGGCGCCAAGGGUACGCAGCUGUCAGGUGGACAAAAACAACGCAUUGCCAUUGCACGUGCGAUGGUGAGAAAUCCCAAGAUAUUGCUGCUAGACGAAGCUACAUCUGCCUUGGAUAUGCAAAGUGAACGCGUGGUGCAACAAGCACUGGACUCGGCCUGCUCGGGACGCACUUGCAUUGUGAUUGCGCAUCGCUUGUCUACGGUGCAGAAUGCAAAUAUUAUCUGUGUUAUUCAGGCUGGACACAUUAUGGAGCAGGGCUCGCACUCUCAGCUGUUGGCCAAGAACGGCAUUUAUGCCAAACUGUAUCGCAGUCAGUCCAAAAAUAAAUAAGUAUGCCAUAUAAAUUGUUAGUAUGUUGUAGUCAAGACACAAAGCAAACAAUAAAGCCAAGCCAUAACAAAAACUGUAGCAUGCUUUUAGGCACAACGAUUCUUAA